ACCUCCAUUUCCGGUCAUGCAGCAUUCUGGUAAAUGUUCAAUGUUCAAACGUUCGACAUUCCUCCCCACCUGUACAUAUGCUUUGUAGCUCACUAUGCUAUCGCUCAAAUCUGGGAAUGCCAGUUCUGUGGACUCCAUCACAUAGAGGCAGUUCAACGUACUAUAUAUUGACUCUUGAAUUGCCUGGAAGUGGUUACGCAUGGUCGAGUUUGUGAUCGGAUGCUAUAUCAACUCCAAAUUCAGAGUGACCCUUCUUCGACGACAGCCAUCAUUUGCUUCUUCGUUCACAGUCUCAUCCCUCGCCGCUGAUACCCAGACUAGCACUGCAGAUCCAGGUAUCGCUGAGGGCGUGCAGGGCGGCUUAGGCUUUGCGGUGGAUAGACUGAUCACGAUGUCGGAAACCUCGCAACCUCCACAGUACCGUCCGAUCGGUAUCGUUCUCGCAAUAGGCUCCGGAGUCCUCAUAGGUGCCUCAUUCGUGUUCAAGAAGAAGGGCUUGUUGAGUUCGCAGAAGGGACAUACUGCGGGAGAGGGUGUUGCGUAUCUGAAGUCGCCCAUGUGGUGGACAGGCAUGACCAUAAUGAUUCUGGGCGAACUAUGCAACUUUGCUGCAUACGCAUUCGUGGAGGCCAUCAUAGUGACCCCCAUGGGCGCUCUCUCAGUCGUGAUCUCCGCCUUGCUGUCGCAUUUCUUCCUCAAGGAGAAGUUAUCCCUAUUUGGUUGGAUAUCUUCCAUUCAAUGUCUACUAGGCGCAGCCAUAUUAGCUCUGAACGGUCCACAGGAGCAAAGUGUAAACACAAUCAUCGAGUUCCGCAAAUUGUUCGUGACACCGUGGUUCUUGACGUACGGCGGCGUAGUGAUUCUAAUAGCGGUGUUCCUGGCUUUGCAUGCUGCUCCGAAAUGGGGAAAGAAGAGUAUGCUACCCUACCUGGGUGUGUGUAGUCUCAUUGGAGGACUAAGCGUCAGUUGUACGCAGGGUCUGGGAGCAUGUAUACUUACUAGCAUCCGCGGACAAAACCAGUUCAAAAACUGGUUCAUUUACUUCCUACUCUUUUUUGUUAUUGUAACUUUAUUAACGGAAAUAUAUUACUUGAAUAUUGCUCUUGCAAUGUUUAACACUGCAAUGGUGACGCCGACAUAUUACGUGACUUUUACUUUCUGCACCCUCGUUACUUCCGUGAUCUUAUAUCAAGGCCUCAAAGCCAGCGCAUCCCAAAUCGUCACUAUCGUGCUUGCCUUCGCCGUCAUUUGCACUGGAAUCUUUAUCUUGCAAAUGUCUAAAGUCGAUCCAAGGAAACUCACAAAUGUUCGUCUAACGUUAUAUUAUAUUUCCACAUUGCUGAGUACCUGUGUCUUCCGGCAGGUCGAUGAACAUACCACCAUGCUUUUGGAGGUUGCGAAGCAGGAGGUUGAUCCCCUUGCACGGCGGUCUUUGGAGCUCCACCGCACUGCAACGCUUCGUUCACGUCGCUCUCAUCAGUCUACCGCAAGGACAUCCUCCGUCUCUGCCGUGCGAUCAGGAAGUGCGUCUCAUCGUAGUACUCUACGAGCCAAUCCAAGCAUAGCCGUAUCGGAGAUGGAUCACACGGGUAGCGCUGAAGAAGAAGGAGAAGAGGAAGGGGAAGAGGAGGCGAUCGACGAACUUGCUGAGACUCGCUAUAUUGUCGAGAGGACGGAAGAACCAGGUCUUGAUUCUCUUCGUGGCGUCGCAGGCGCAAUAGGCACUAUUAUCCGCGCUCGCCGAAGGGCACGAGAACUGUCCGCCAGAAGCGCCACGCGAAGCAGAGCUUCUGAAGAGGGUAUUUCUAAUGGGAUUGCGCUCCGCAGCAUCGGUUCUCGAGAAAGUGGCAGUUCUAUUCGUCCGACUCGAUGGUUGCAAGGCCUGUGGUCUACUCCCCGACAAAGUCACUUCCGUAGCAUGAGUGACGUCGCGUCGGAGAAAGAUCCAAAGCAUCCUGCGUCUAUUGACGUCGAGAAGGGAAACACCGUGGAAGUUGAGGUGGUGGGGCCUCCAAUGCAGGAGAGCCCCCAAUCGUUACCAAGCAACCCUCUAGACGGUCCGACAACAGAGUCUUCAAGACAGCCUCAUCCUUCUGCAUCCAUGCGUACUACGGCCCCUUCACUUAGAAGUGCGGUUUCAGAUGGUAUAGGCCGGACAUCUUCAGUAGUGCACUUCGAAGAUACGAGGUCCCUAUCAGCGUCGUUUACCCCUGGUGUUCCAGUUGACGCUGAAGGCAGUCGGCGAUGACGUGUGUCCACAUACUUAUCAUCUAUCGCCAUUCUUGUUCCGAUUGUUUACAAUAGCCUUCGUCACCGUGAGUACUUGCGGAAUCUUGUUACGACAUCGUUGAUGUUAUACAAUGCUGCUCACGUCGUCUUAUCUUUGCCUUUCAGUUUCUCUGUGUUAUGAUACCUUGAUGUCUCAAACGAUACCUGUCUUCACCGUUACCCCACAUUUAUGACCCCUUUGGAUAUUCACUUUGUUGACCCAGAAACCAGUUUGCAUUACCUUAUUCAAUGACUAUUGCGUUGUCUCUACUCUCCAGCCAAUCCUUGAACAUAGCAUCUCUUAGUUCCCGGCCUAAGGCUUCUGCAACUGGCCAGGGCACUGCAUUUCCUAUUUGUCGAUGCAUCUUGUUAAGUGACAUGAGUAUAAGUGGGAUGUCACUGAAGAGCAAGACUUACUGUCUUGAUGUCAUUGUUCUCUGA